CAACUUUAACUCCGGCGGAGGCACGUUGGAGCUGUGGAGGAGUUGAGCUUUGCGCGCUCGGCGGCUUUGCAGAGGAACUCUGAACGCUGGGAAGUGACAUUUGCAGUCACCAGGGCGUCUGUGGUGGUGACAGAGUAAAGCUACCGGCGGAGAGAGAGGGAGAGGGGGUGGGGGGAGCAGAUACUUGGUAACGCAUCACACCAGGACGGGCAGCCGAAACUCAAGGCUCUCAGCCUGCGACGGCCACGGACGAUGAAGGUGAAGGUGAUGUCGUGGUGUGUGGUUUUGGAGAACAGGAUGACAGCUUCAAAGCUUCUCCUUCCCUUCCUCAUUCUCCACUCAUGUUACGGAAAUCCCAAUCAGCCACCACAAUUCACAAACUACUUCUUCUCAACUUACCUUCUCAUUUAUGAAGACACACCUAUUAGAACAUCCGUAACCAAGCUGGCAGCAAUCGAUCCUGAGGGAGAGCCCCUCACCUAUGGGGUUGUAGGAGAUGAGGGCACGAGGUAUUUUGAAGUUGACAGGAAUACCGGAGUGGUCUGGCUGCGACAAAUGCUUGAUCGUGAGACCAAGUCAGAGAUGCAGGUGGCGUUCACCGUGAGUGACCCUCAUGAGACGGUCACAGACACCGUAAACAUCCAGGUCGGAGAUGUAAACGAUAACGCGCCAACCUUCCAUGGGCAGCCGUAUGCAGUCCGUAUCCCUGAGGAUACCCGAGUGGGUACUUCCAUAUUCAUGGUGAAUGCCACCGAUCCAGACCAGGGAACCGGGGGCAGCGUUCUCUUCUCCUUCCAGCCAUCUACUCCUUUCUUUUCUAUCGACGGAGCGCGAGGCAUCGUCACUGUCACCAGAGGUCUAGACUAUGAGACAACCACAGCCUACCAGUUGACUGUCAAUGCCACGGAUCAAGAUAAAGUAAGACCUCUAUCCCAGCUCGCCAACUUGGCAAUCGCCAUCCUUGAUGUCCAGGACAUGGACCCUAUUUUCACUAAUUUGCCCUACAGCACCAACAUACUGGAGAACACUCCUCUGGGCUACGAAGUGCGGAAGUUAACAGCCCACGACCAGGAUCUUGGCUCGCCGAGACCAGUUGCCUAUACCAUCGUCUCAGGAAACACCAACAGCGUCUUUGCCCUGGACUACAUCAGCGGAUCCCUGACGGUGAACGGCCAGCUGGACAGAGAAAACCCGCUUUACUCCGGAGGAUUCACUCUGACCGUCAAGGCCACAGAGCUGAAAGAGGAUCGCACUCCAUCAAAUGCAACAGUGACGACCACCUUCACCAUCCUGCUAAUCGAUGUGAACGACAACGCCCCGAAGUUCAACAGCUCAGAGUACAGAGUUCUGAUUACUGAACUGGCGCAGGUUGGAUUUGCCCUCCCGCUCUUCAUACAAGUUGAAGACAAGGAUGAGGGGGUGAACAGUAUGUUCCAAGUGUACAUGACAGGAAACAACUCUGAGUACUUCUCCAUCUCCCCUACAUCAGUACAAGGACGUGCCGACAUCCGGGUCAGGGUUGCUAUGCCGCUCGACUACGAAACCAUCCGCAGCUUCAGCUUUUCACUGUAUGCCAAUGAGUCGUUGGCUGAGCAUGUGGGUUUUGCCCGUGUUUUUAUUGAUCUAAUCAAUGAGAACGAUAACCGUCCCAUCUUCAGCCAACCGCUGUACAACAUCAGCUAUCCUGAAAACACACCCGUCGGUACAUCGCUGCUGCAGGUUCUGGCUACAGACGCAGAUGCAGGCAUCUUCGGGGUUGUGCGUUACUACUUCACUGAUGAUCCAGAUCAGUUUUCACUGGAUGAAGUAAAGGGCUGGAUAACUCUGAAGGCCAGUCUCGACUACGAGUUAAUGCGCCGUUUCACUCUAACCGUGCUGGCGAGGGACGGAGGUGGGGAGGAAACGACUGGAAGGGUCCGUGUAAACGUGCUGGACGUCAACGACAACGCGCCACUCUUUCAGAAGGAUGCAUACGUGGGCUCAGUCAGAGAGAACGAACCGACGGCCCAAUCACUGGCACGAAUCAAAGCAACUGACGAUGAUUCUCCUCCGAACAACUUACUGACGUACACAAUCACCUCAGCCUCAGCCUUCGGUGAUUACUUCAGCAUCACAAUGGUGGAAGGUUAUGCAGUGAUCAGUGUAAACAAGCCUCUGGACUAUGAGAAGAUUCCCAACGGAGUGAUCUAUUUGACAGUGAUGGCAAAAGACGGGGGAAACCCAUCACUUAACAGCACUGUCCCCGUGACGGUGGAGGUGAUAGAUGAGAAUGACAACGCGCCGGAGUUCAGCAGACAGUCUUACGUCAUCAAAAUCCCAGAGAACAUUUUUGCCGGAUCCACUGUUCUGGUUGUGAAUGCAACAGACUCGGAUGCGUCGCGGGAGUUCGGUCAGGCCUCGCUCAUUUACUCCCUGGAGGGCCCGUCUCAGUUCCGGCUCAACUCACGCUCAGGCGAGCUCACCACCACGACCUUUCUGGACCGAGAACAGAAGUCGGAGUACAUCCUGAUAGUCAGAGCUGUGGAUGGAGGAGUUGGCCCGCAGCAGAAGACUGGCAUCGCUACGGUUAACAUCACCGUCCUUGAUAUAAACGACAACGCCCCCAUGUGGCAGGACGAGCCGUACAAUGCCAACGUCGUGGAGAUGAGUCCCCAAAACACCGACGUCAUCUCUGUGUUGGCGUUGGACCCUGACAGCGGGGAAAACGGGACGGUUGUGUACAGCAUCAGUCCAGUAAACCCCUUCUACACUAUUGACAGCAGAACUGGGAAGAUCCGCACCAGCGGGGCCACUCUGGACAGGGAGAGUACAAACCUCAGAGACGCAGAACUCAUGAGGACCAUCAUCGUCUCAGCUGUGGACCGCGGUUCCCCUCCACUACGUGCUCUAACAAGCGCCACAGUGACUGUCAACCUGCUGGACCUGAAUGACAACGACCCCACCUUCCUCAACCUGCCGGCUGUUGCUGAAAUCUCAGAGGGACUUCCUUAUGGAACCACGUGUUUUAGAGUCCAGGUCCAGGAUCCAGAUGAAGGGAAUAAUGGUUUGGUGACGGUGGUCCUACAGAUGGGGAUGCCUCGCCUCGACUUCUACCUCAACUCCACCAGCGGCAUCAUAACCUCCACAGCGGUCCUGGAUCGCGAGCGCAUCGCUCAGUACUUUUUAAGGAUCAUCGCUUUUGAUGCGGGGCAGUUCCCUCGGACUUCCACCUCCACUCUCACCAUCGCAGUUCUGGAUGUAAACGAUGAGACGCCCACCUUCGACCCUCGUGUGUACAAUGUCUCCCUGUUGGAGAGUGUCCCUAGAGACUAUGUUGUGUCACGCCUCAACUGUUAUGACAACGAUACGGGUCUCAACGCCGAACUUAGCUACUUCAUCACAGGUGGUAACCAAGAUGGUAAGUUCAGCGUGGGAUUCAGAGAUGGAAUCGUUCGGACGGUGGUCAGCCUCGACAGGGAGACCCAGGCAGCCUAUGCUCUUGUCGUCGAAGCUAUAGACAAUGGUCCAACAGGCAGUCGACGGACAGGCACCGCCACCGUAUACGUGGAAGUCCUGGACGUUAACGACAACAAGCCCAUCUUCCUCCAGAACACCUACGAGACCAGCGUUCUGGAAACCGUCCCACGGGGAACGAGCAUCCUUCAGGUUCAAGCCACGGAUGCAGACCAGGGAGAGAACGGAAGGGUUUUGUACAGGAUCAUUUCUGGAAACAACAACAAUCAGUUCAACAUAGACAAACAGACGGGUCUUAUAACAAGAGGCAUCCAGCCGUUGGACAGAGAAACCAGUAGCUCCCAUGUGUUGGAAGUGGAGGCCUACAACAGCGACGAGGGCAUCAUGAGGAGCUCUGUGAGGGUGAUCAUUUAUGUCAAUGAUGCCAACGAUGAAGUUCCAGUGUUCACCCAACAACAGUACAACCGUCUGAGUCUCCGAGAGACCGCCGGCGUCGGCACCUCUGUGAUUGUGGUGCACGCCACGGACCGUGACACCGGUGAUGGUGGAGCAGUCUCCUACGCUAUCAUUUCUGGCUCAGACCGCAAGUUUGAUGUGGAUGUAAGCACAGGCCUGAUCACUACUGUGGACUACUUGGACUACGAGACCAAGACCUCGUAUCUCAUGAACGUCUCGGCAACCGAUCAGGCGCCGCCGUUCCACCAAAGCUUCUGCACCGUCUACGUCACGUUGCUCAAUGAGCUGGACGAGGCUGUGGCCUUCUUGUCGGCCGGCUAUGAGGCCUCUCUUCGGGAGAACAUCCCUACGGGGACGGAGGUGAUUCAGGUGCAAGCCAAAUCGGCCGACAACUUGAACCAGAUGACUUACCGCUUUGACCCCGACACGUCACCCGCUGCCCUGGCCCUCUUCAAAAUAGACAGCGUGACGGGUCGCAUCACAGUUACAGGCCUGGUGGACCGAGAGAAGGGGGACUUCUACACGCUGACUGUCGUAGCAGAUGAUGGAGGACCUAAGAAGGACUCCACUGUAUGUGUAUCCAUCAUCAUUCUGGAUGAAAAUGACAACAGUCCCGAGUUCGACAUUACGUCCGAUACUUCAGUGAGUGUCCCAGAAGACACAGGCCUCGGGAAAAGAGUGGCGAUUGUGCUGGCAAAGGACAAAGAUGCUGGGUUAAAUGGACUGGUCAAUUUCACCAUCGUGGCUGGAAACAUGCAGGACGUGUUCAAGAUCAAAACGGUGGACUACAGUUAUGGAGAGAUCUAUGUUAAUGCUCCUCUGGACAGAGAGACGGUUGACCGCUACCUGCUUAAGGUGCGUGCUACUGACAAUGGCUCACCUCCCAGAUACACAGACCAGUCCCUCACCAUCAAUAUCCUGGAUGUUAAUGAUAAUGCACCUGUAAUUCAAAACCCCAGAGGCUACAAUGUUAGCAUCAGUGAGAAUGUUGGAGGAGGCACUUCAGUCCUUCGUGUGGUGGCUACUGACCGAGACAUCGGCUCCAACGCCAUGUUGUAUUACUACAUCACCGAUGGGAACCAGGACAUGACUUUUCGUAUGGACCGCGUAACAGGAGAGAUCGUGACUCGACCGUCUCCCCCCGACAGAGAGCGUCAGCAAGAGUAUCGGCUUAAUGUCACCGUGGAAGACGACGGCACACCACCUCUGUCGGUAGGCUGCAAGGAAUGUCCGCCAUUACCAGUGCCUGAGAAGUUCUUAUUAGUGAUGUGUCGGUCGCGAACGAACCGGCUCUAAGGGCCGGCUCUUUGAAGUGAACGACGGGAGCCGGCUCGUCGUUGGGAGCCGUGCCCUCCCCUUUUGCUUUGGUGAAAGCCACAGGCGAUUGGUCAGCAUGUGUAACUGCGUGUCCAGACUGUCCACUCACAGAGCAGUAGGGGGCGGGGAAGAGGGAGGAUCAGACUCAGACACACAGCAGAGCACAUGCGGGCGGAGGGAGACGAGAGGGAAUGAGGAGGAGGAAAAAGGCGAGCGAGCGAGCGAGCGAGAGAGAGAGAGAGAGAGAGAGAGAGAGAGAGAGAGAGAGAGAGAGAGAGAGAGAGAGAGAGAGAGAGAGAGAGAGAGAGAGAGAGAGAGAGAGAGAGAGAGAGAGAGAGAAUGAGCGCCAGCAGUCGGAAAGUGGAGAUUUCUGAAAGUGUUCAGUUAUUAAACCCAUAGAAAUGAUAAAUAUUUGAUAUAUAGCAUUUAUUUUACAUUAGUAAAUCGUUUUACAUAUAGUUUAGCAUUAUUUUGGUUAUAAAUGUACUCCACGCAACAGAAAAUCUGAGGAGCCACUUGGGAGCCGAAAGAGCCGGCUCUUUUUGGUGAGCUGAGCCAAAAGAACCAGCUCUCUAAAAAGAGCCGGAACUCCCAUCACUAGUUCUUAUAUACUGUAACCCUAACUCAACAGUGCUAUCUUAUAAUCCAAAGGAAUGCAUCAGAGCCCCUAAGAUAGCCUAAGAUAGAUUGUUCUGUCCACAAAAGUUUUGUCUCAAGACUGCCUGAUCAUUUGCACAUUUAAUAAUGUUAAUGGAUCUCAGACACAAAAAGAUUCACACCCUGAGGUUCAAUAUUCAACUUUUGAGGCUACAUAAGCUGUGCUUACAGUGAAAUAAUUAGUUGCCUGACCACCGUUGUAUAGGCGGGGGUCGUGUGAGCGGAGGAGUGCCCCUCCGACCUCCGCUAAACGGGAGGGACCUGAGAUGGCUUUUGUUAGUCUGAAGACGGGCAGAUUAUUUUCUGUUAUUUCUGAGAACUUGACUGAUAAAUAGCAGGAAAAAGUCCCGGUACACUGAGAGGUAACAUUUCCAGAGCUGCGUCUCGAUGCAUACCAGCCCACUUCACUUUCAUCCGUACCCUCAUUUUGAUUGGUCGUUAUCUUCCUGCUUCAGAUGAUCACUGAAGCAUGUUAAGUUUACCGCAAAGCUCUGAUUAUCGCAAAUGAUUUUUUAUUCACAGCCCGCCCUACAACAAAUAAAUCAGAAAAAUACUAGUAGAACUCAUUUCAUGUAGUUUUACUGCAUUGACAUGUGAUGUCACGACUUUGUGACUGAGCAGAGUGGUCCAGAAGUGAAAACUCCUGCUGGCGCAGAGCCAUCUACUGAUGGAGGGUCUUCGGUUUAUGCCACUUCCAUAUUUAGAUGGAAAAAAAAAGGUUUUGUCUUCUGUAAAUUUUUUAUGACGCUUUGAGUCAUGUGAACAGUGCCUAAGCCAAAAUAAGAAGCUGAUUGGCUGCGAGGGCACAGGAAGCACAUUGUUCUGUCAACAGGAAACCCACAAGUCCUAGUUCCUAAAACACAGAUACAUGUUCCUCCUCCUCUUCAGAAACAUUUAAAAGUAGUGCAAAAAGGUUUGCAUAUGCACUUAUGACUAAUGCAACAGAAAACUUUAAUAUUGUAAUAUAUUACAGGGGGAAAAAAAGAUUUUCCAGAUAUUGCUCCAUCCCAUUUAGUUAUUUGUCUCUAAUAAAAAUAAAAAUAAGCGGCUCUUUUUUUGUAUUUUCUCUCCUCGAUGCCGCCCUUUCUCACUCUGGUGUGCAGCCUCUGAGGCGCACAAGUGGAACAGCCUUGUGCUGAGAUGGCUCCCCAGGCAGCGAGUGCAGCCCGUCCUUGCUCGGCAACAGUUUAGGAGAUCCGUCAUCCUAAAGAGUCCAGAGACGAGAUGGAAAGUUUCUCUUUAUUUUACGAGGAUUGUCUUAAAUGCAAUUUACAGAAUAGAGAUUAUCUCAAAGUAUAUUUCCCCCCUUUUUUUUUUUUUACAAUAUAAAACAUUUAAAAAAUGCUCAACAUUUGGUCUGUAAAACUCUCAUUUGAGAAAACACACACACACACACACAGU